AUGAGGGUGUUUGUGUUAGCUCUUGCAGUGGCCCUUGUGGCUACAAAGAUUUAACAAAGAAGUAACUUAAUUCCAGAGUUUGCUCCAGACCAGAUCUACGUCUACAAAUAUGAAGCCAAACUCAUGGGAGGCAUGCCUGAAGAGGGCCUUGCUCGAGCUGGAGUUAAAAUCCUGAGCAAAGUUCAGCUUCAUGCUGACAGUUCCAACAAUGUCACUCUGCAGCUGGAUGCUCCACAGUUCUUUGAGUACAAGGGAAAAUGGGCCAAAGAUGAUUCCAUUACAGCCAACUUCACUCAACACUUGACACCCGUCAAGUUUCAGUACACCAAUGGUAAUGUUGGUAAAGUGUAUGCACCAGCAGCUAUCCCUAAAACUCUGCUGAACAUCUACAGGGGAAUCAUCAACAUCUUUCAAAAAAUCAAGAACACCCAGAAUGUGUACGAACUUCAAGAGCUUGGAGCUCAGGGUACGUGCAAGACCCAGUACAUCAUUUCAGAUGAUCAAAAAGCUGAGCGUAUCAUCCUGACCAAGACCAAGGACCUGAACCAAUGCCAAGACAAAGUUGUAAACGACAUCGGCUUGUCUUACAUGGAGAAAUGUCCCGAGUGUGAGAGAAAAUCAAGGGCCCUGAAUGGAGCGUCUUUCUAUAACUACACACUGAAACCAGAAGCCAACAGUGCUCGACUCUUGGAAGCAACAGUUACAGAGAUUUACCAGUAUGCACCUUUUGAGACCAUGCAUGGUGGUCCCCAGAUGGAAUCUAGGCAAAACCUGAUAUACCUGGAGCAAAAGAGUGCUCCAGUGGUCCAACAAAACACAGAGUACAAUCAGAGCAGCACCCUGCUGUAUGAAUUUGGCAGCGAGGUCUACCAGACCCCUUUCAGUCUUUUGGAUCCUUCCAGUCAGGUUAUUGAUCUUCUGAGCCAUUUGGGGAGUUCUAACAGAGACAGGGUCCAUGAAGAAAGUCCUCUCAAGUACAUUGCGCUCAUUCAGCUGCUGCGUGAAGCUCAAUAUGAAAGAAUCCUGACUGUCUGGAAUCAGAUCAAAGAUAACCAAGAUCAGAGGCACUGGAUUCUCAAUGCCAUUCCUGCCAUUCGUUCUCAUGUUGCUCUGCAGUUCGUCAUGGACAGGUUUCUUAAAAAAGAGCUGAGUUCUCUUGAAGCUGCCCACGUUCUCCUGGUCUCUGUUCACUUAGUGAAAGCUAGCAAUGAAGCUAUCAAGUUUGCUCAGGAUAUGAUUCAAAAUGAAAAAUUCCGAGAACACAGCGUUCUGUGGAACAUUGUCUUGCUGGGCUAUGGUACCCUGGUGGCAAAACAGUGUGUGGAGAACCCAGGCUGCUCUUCUGACCUUGUAAAACCUUUCCAUGAACGUCUUGCCCAGGCUGUAGAAAGACAAGAAAUUGAGAAGAUCAUUACCUCUCUCAAAGUUCUGGGUAACGCUGGACAUCUUGCUAGCUAUAAACCAAUCCAGAAAGUCUUGCCUGGAUUUGGCAGUACUGCUGCUAAUCUCCCUCUCAGAGUUCACAUUGAAGCUGUUCUGGCCCUGAGGAACAUUGCUAAGAAUCACCCCAGACCGGUCCAGGAAACAGUCAUUCAACUGUUUAUGAGCAAAGAACACCAAGAACUCCGUAUGGCUGCUGCUAUUGUCCUGUUUGAGACAAAGCCCUCCACUGGUCUGGUGAUGACACUUGCCAAUGCCAUCGCCAAAGAAAAUAAUGACCAGAUCUCCAGUUUCAUCUACUCUUACAUGAAGUCCAUGACUAAGAGUGCCGCUCCUGACUUUGAGUCUGUUUCUGCUGCCUGCAGUCUUGCCAUUAGGGUCCUCAGCCCCAGACUGGACAGACAGAGCUACCGCUACAGCAGAUCUCUCUAUGCUGAUACCUACAACAUCCCUGGAUUGGUUGGUGCUGCUGCCAGUGCCUACUACAUCAGAGCCGCAGCUUUUCUACCAAAAACUGUGGUUGCCAAAGCCCGUGCUUAUCUGGCCGGAGCUUAUGCUGAUGUUCUUGAGAUUGGCGUGAGAAGUGAGGGAAUCCAGGAGGCCUUGGUGAAAAACCAGAACAUUCCUCAGAAUGAGCAAAGGGUCAACAAGAUGAAAGCAAUCCUUAAAGCUCUGUCUUCAUGGAAAGCUGAACCAUCAAGCCAGCCUCUUGCCUCUGCAUAUGUGAAAAUCUUCGGACAGGAAGUUGCAUAUGGCAGCUUUGAGAAUCUUAUUGUUGAACAGAUCAGUGAGCUUGCAAAGGAAGUCAGACCUGAAAUCAUUUUGAGAGAGGUCCUUCAGAAGCUGAUGUCUGGUUACAAACAUUAUUAUGCUCAACCACUGCUGCUUAGUGAGAUUCGUCGCAUCCUUCCCACUGCUAUUGGCUUGCCUAUGUCACUCAGCCUGUACACCUCUGCAGUGGUUGUUGUACCUGUCAACGUUACAGUCAAAGUGGACCCACCACUUGCCAGAGAGAACUUCCGUCUUGCCCAGCUUCUUAAGUCUGACAUCAGAAUGAGCGCUGUAAUCACUCCAAGUGUCUCUGCUCACACCUAUGCAGUUAUGGGUGUUAAUACUGAUCAGUUCAAGGCUGCUGUAAUGUCAAGAGCCCGUGUUCACUCAGUUGUUCCUGCAAAGAUGGAAGCAAGAGUUGAUAUGACUGGAGGCAACUUCAAGCUUGAGCUUUUGCCUGUUCAGGGAAUCACUAAGCUUGCAAAAGCAGAACUUGAGACUUUUGCUGUUGUAGGAAAUAUGAAUGUUACCACACUCACACCACUGAUUCCAGCUGAACGUGCAGAUAGGGCAUCAUCGGAGGCUCACAAAUCACAGGCUUCAAGGAUGGCAUCCUCCUUGUUUGGUAGUCAAUCCAGAUCAUCUGAACUCCUGCAUCCAGGCCCAAAACAAAAAGGUGACAUCCCACUCCCCAAAAGCAUUGGGAAGAAAAGAUGCUUGGAAAGCAAACCUUUUGGUUAUAAAAUAUGUGGUGAGACUCAAGCUUACAACGCUUCCUACAUCAGUGCAUCCCCAUUAUACUCUAUGAUUGGAAAGCAUGUUGCUGAACUUGCAAUUACUCCAGCAACUGGGACAGCCGUUGAGAAGAUUGAAGUUGAAAUUCAAGUUGGACAGAGAUCAGCAGAUAAGAUCAUGAAAGUUAUUUCCAGGAGUGAGGAAGAGGAAAUCCUUGAGUCCAAGAAUGUCCUACUGAAACUGAAGAAAAUCCUGAUUCCUGGUCUAAACAAUGGCACAUCAAGUUCCUCCAGCUCGAGCAGCUCUCAAUCAACCAGCUCUAGCUCUAGCAGCUCACGCUCAAGCCUCUCCAACUCUUCAUCUUCCCAAUCAAGCUCCAGCUCCUCAUCCCGCAAAAUACAGAACUCAGCUGCUGGAAGCAGGCGGCGUUCUAACUCUCGCUCCAGCAAGCGCUUAUCACAGGACAAGAAGUCCAGCAGCUCAUCAAGGAGUAGUUCAAGCAGUCAGUCAUCCAGCCAGUCCAGAAGCAGUUCCUCCUCCUCAAGUUCAAGCUCCCAGUCAAAGAAAAUUAAUAAAACAAUAUCUGUGUCACAGCAAGACCUAUAUACCAUGGACUUUGUCAAGAACCACAUCCACCAGCAUGCCCUCUCCACAGGCCGUGCCAACAGCAAGAGCAGUGCUUACAGUUUUGAGACCAUCUACAAUAAGGCUAAAUACCUAGCUAAAUCUGUUGCUCCAAUUGUGACCGUUCUCAUCCGGGGUGUGACAGCUGAAGCCCAGGGGUACCAGAUUGCAGCUUAUGUUGAUAAAGUCACUUCUAGACUGCAGGUUAUUGUUGCCAACUUGGCUAGAGACAACAACUGGAGACUCUGUGCUGAUGGCGUGGUGCUCAGCAACCACAAACUGAUGGGCAAGGUUGGCUGGGGCUCUGAAUGCAAACAAUACAAGGCUGAGAUCACAGCUGAAACUGGUGUUGUGGAUCAAAAGCCAGCAGCCCGCCUUAAAAUGAGUUGGGAGAAACUUCCAAGUCGCAUGCAGUUGUACAUGAAGUGGUUGUCAAAAUUCAUUGGCCUCAUGGCUGAGGAAAGUGGACUGAGCAUUGCAAGGACCAAGUACCUUCGAAACCAGAUCAAACUGACAGUAGCUGCUGCUUCUGAGAAAAGUGUGAAUGUUGCACUGCAGACAUCAAAGACUACCAUCUACAGACUUGGAGUGGGUCUCCCAAUGUCUCUGCCAAUUGGACAAUCUGCUUAUGAUGUGAACACAGACCAGAACUUGGCUGGCAACAUCAUUAAUCUGGUUGCUAAGGCCACUUCAGAUGAGUGCAGAAUUUUCCAAGACAAAGUGAGAACAUUCAAUGGCAAUUCAUUCAGCAGCGACAUACCUCACCUUUGCCCACAGAUCUUGUCCCAAGAUUGUACAGCUGAAUUGAAAUUCAUGGUUCUGCUGAAGAAAGACCAAGCAACCAACCAAUAUGAGGUCAAUGUGAAGAUUGGACUCAUCAAUGUUGACUUCUAUCUGAAGAAUGGUGCUGUCAAAGUCAGUGUUGAUGGAUCAGAAAUUACCAGAUUCCCGUAUGAGCAUCCUAAUGGCAAAAUUUCAAUCCGACAAAGAAGUGAUGGCGUUGCUCUCGUGGCUCCAAGCUUCGGUCUUCAGGAAGUAGAGUACACCAGAACGGACUUAAAGGUUCAAGUUGCACACUGGAUGAAGGGAAAGACUUGUGGGCUCUGUGGACCAGCUGAUGGGGAGGUCAGACAGGGGUACCGCAAACCAGACAAAAGCCUGACCAGGGACCCAGUCAGCUUUGCCCAUUCCUGGGUUCUGGGUGGAGACAGCUGCCGCGAUACUACUCAGUGCUUGAUGAGACUUGAGUCGGUGAAGCUGGAGAAGCAGGUCAACGUCUUUGGCCAAAAUUCUAAAUGUUACUCUGUAGAACCUGUGCUGCGCUGCCUGGCAGGCUGCAUGCCAGUGAGAACCACCACCGUCAGUGUUGGCUACCACUGCGUACCCUCAGAUUCCUACAUGAGUCGCCCUAAUAGUCUGAACAGCAUCCAGGAGAAGAGCAUUGACCUGGUGGAAGCCACAGAGGCCCACGUCGCCUGUCGCUGCACGGCUCAGUGCUCUUAAUCUUAUUGCUGUCACUCUGAAGAUAUCAGUUUUGGUUUUGUGCAAGUGUUGUUACUCUGAUUUAUUGAAAUGUAAACUUAAAUAAACUUGAGAAGCAUCU